CAGCAACAAAUGGUCAACGUGAAGCAGACAAUGUGAACGAGCGAUAAGUCAAAUGCCGCCGUACAUUCUCGUAUCACCUUCGUCGAGGGGUAUCUCAUUUGCCCUGACAAGAUAUCUCCUCAAGACGACUCGACUCCCGAUCGUCGCGACAGCACGGACGAAACUGGAUGAAGUCCAUGACAAGCUUUCCGAGGGUAUUCAGGGUGCAGGGGAUAGACUUCAUCUACUCGACCUCGAUGUGACGGAAGAAAAUACCAUCAGCGCCGCAACCCAAAAGGUAAAGGCCAUCUUCCCGCCCUCAAAAGACACCUACCUCCGCCUCGCCCUCAUAACCCCUGGUAUCCUCCACCCCGAACGCUCACCCUCGGCCAUCUCCUACUCCGACGCACUCUCCACGUUCCGGGUAAACACCCUCGGUCCACUCAUGAUGAUGAAGCACUUCUCCUCCCUACUCCCCCGGCGCCGUGAUCACCCCAACGGACUAGAGAAGGAACACGGUGUACCGAACAGUUCAGUGUGGGCGGUGAUGAGCGCUAGGGUGGGGUCGAUAGGCGAUAAUAGGAGUGGAGGGUGGUAUUCGUAUCGGGCUUCGAAGGCGGGAGUUAAUCAAGCUGUGCAUACGUUUCACCUGCAUUUAAAGCAACAGAAGUAUGAGGCCGGGGCGAUUACGCUACAUCCAGGGACGUGUAAGACUGACUUCUCGAAGGACUUUUGGGGAAACGUCGCAGAGGGCAAGUUGUUUGAGCCGGAGGAUGCGGCGGAGAAGUUGAUGGGGGUGGUUAAUUCGUACACGGAUGAGAUGGGUGGGAAUUUCUAUGAUUGGAAGGGGGAUAGGGUGCAGUGGUGAUGAUGACGCUAAAUGUGAAUGCAUUGUUCCUCCUCUACUCUCGGGGGUCUAUCGUUUAGAUACCACGGUUAAACUCCAACUGCGUGAUCGGGGU